AAUCAUAAGUGAAAGAGAAGAGUAAACAAAGAAGAAGACAAUGGAAGUCGGAUACUUGGGACUAGGAAUAAUGGGAAAAGCCAUGUCCAUGAAUUUGCUAAAGAAUGGAUUCAAGGUCACUGUUUGGAACAGAACUCUUUCUAAGUGUAAUGAACUGGUGGUUCAUGGUGCCUCAGUUGGACAAACCCCAGCAGAAGUGGUUAAGAAGUGUAAGAUCACCAUUGCCAUGCUGUCUGAUCCUGCUGCCGCUCUUUCGGUUGUCUUCGAUAAAGAUGGUGUUCUUGAGCAAAUUUGCAGCGGUAAAGGUUACAUCGACAUGUCGACGGUUAAUCCGGAGACUUCACGCAAAAUCAGUGAGGCGAUCACGUCAAAAGGUGGCCAAUUCCUUGAGGCCCCUGUUUCUGGUAGCAAACAGCCUGCAGAAACUGGUCAAUUGGUGAUUCUUGCUGCUGGAGAGAAGUCAUUGUAUGAUGCAGCAGUUCCAGCUUUUGAUAUCUUGGGAAAGAAGUCUUUCUUCUUGGGAAAAGUUGGAAAUGGAGCCAAAAUGAAGCUCGUUGUCAACAUGAUCAUGGGCAGUAUGAUGAAUGCAUUUUCGGAGGGACUCGUACUAGCUGAUCGAAGCGGACUGAACCCGAAUGACCUUCUUGAUGUGCUGGACUUGGGUGCCAUUGCUAACCCGAUGUUCAAAGGAAAAGGACCGGCCAUGCUCCAGAACAACUAUUCCCCUGCAUUUCCUUUGAAACAUCAACAGAAAGACAUGAGGUUGGCUCUUGCCCUUGGGGAUGAAAAUGCAGUUCCAAUGCCAGUAGCUGCUGCUGCCUAUGAGGCUUUCAAGAAGGCUAGAAGCAUGGGACUGGGAGACUUGGACUUUUCAGCUGUGUCUGAGACGCUGAAGGAUCUUAAACAUUCAUCUUGAGAUGGUGGAUUUAUAAUGUCGUGCAACACAAGUUACACCACAAUGGAGGGACCAUACUUGGUUCAUGAUGUAGGGUUUCAUUCUUGGGUUUAUGAACACGACGUGUUAAGUACGAAACUGCAAUUUUACUGCAA